UUUGUCUGUUUUGUUUAUUGACAACCAAUAACACAAGACAAAGAACAGACCAGAGUGUUAAUCUGAUACUAUAAAAACUACAGGCCUUGUGAACAGCAGUGUGUCUUCUUCAAGGCUACAAAUUGAAUCAGUUUCUUUACAUUUAUCAAUACUCUCCCCAAAUGUUCUCAAGGGAGGUUGGAUUAAGAUGUAUAGAUUUUCUUCAAAUUAUCCAGAAUUUUCAUAUCAUAGUCCUCCCACAAUAUAUCUGCGAUGGAGCUCAACAUUUCACAUAGUCCUCCCAUUAUAUAUCUGCUAUAGAGGUCAAUAUUUCACAUAGUCCUCCCACAAUAUAUCUGCGAUGGAGCUCAACAUUUCACAUAGUCCUCCCAUUAUAUAUCUGCUAUAGAGGUCAAUAUUUCACAUAGUCCUCCCAUUAUAUAUCUGCUAUAGAGGUCAAUAUUUCACAUAGUCCUUCCAUUAUAUAUCUGCCAUAGAGGUCAAUAUUUCACACUCCAAAGUUGUUAAGAGAAUUAUGUUCUCAAUGUUCAUAAACUGACCUUUAAUUAACUUACUCGGUCUGUUUCCAAGAAUUUGUAAGGUUCUUGUUGAAAUGAAACUUACAGAGGCCAGUCUACAAUAGUCAGCAACGUUUAUUUACGAGAGCUCUACUGAGUUGUACAAAACCAUUUAUUUUAUACUUGGCUUCUUACGCACAUACAUACACACACAACAUUAGGUAUCCAACGCACACCCCGUCCUGCUCCCCAGCUGAGAGAGAUUAGGGAAGGCCACGAAAAACACUCCCCAUCCUCCCUCAAGAUAGGGGGGCCCUGGGAAGUACGUCCUUUCCUUUCCACCAUCUCCCAGAGGCCCCAUAUCCAAGGUCUGCAUGACAAUUCUGCUAAGACAGUCUGUGUUUGAGACACCCAGACACCACAUUAUCUAUAUUGUUUUACUCUAAUUCUGACUAGAAUUACACAUUUAUUGAUUAUAAUUUUAUACAUUCUAAUCAAUUCCAUAAAAUCAUACAGGGGAAAGGUGGAAUACUGUUAAUUAUAAUCCUGUGUUAAAUGUAUACAUCAUUUAGUCAUUAUUCAUCAAAUUCACAACCAAAAUGAAAAUAGAAUCAUCUUGAAUUCAGCUUGAUGUCUAAUUAUGAAUCAUUCAAGUAAUUCUCAGACUGCUCACAUAGUAGUGCUGCUUACAUCCCUUUCCCUAGAUGUACAUUAGUAAUGAAUGUGAUGACCAGUCAUUACAAUAUGAUGUGUGGUAUUUCAUUAAAUUAUGUAAUGAGACAGAAAUUCAAUGAACAAUAAUAACUAAUGCAUUCUGUUUUACAUGAUCAUUAUUCAUGACUCUCCAUCUUGGAUAAUGGAUGAUCAGAUUUCCACUCAGGAUCACGGUAUUUACGACAUGAGACCCAGAAGGACAAGCUGAAGAGGGAGGCAUCAGCAGGUCAGCUUGAGUUGAAGAUGGAAAAAGAAUUAAAAGAGAAAUUAAGACAGGAGAUGAUGAAACAACUAGAGGAGAAACUGGUUGAUAUGACCCAAGAAGUGAAAGAGAAAGACACACAACUGGAUGAUAUGACCCAGGAAGUGAGAGAGAAAGAGAGACUCCUGGAGGAGAAGAACCAGAUAAUGGAACAGAGGGAGAAACUAUUAGAAGAGAAAGAAAACCAACUGGAAGAGAAAGACAAGCAACUAAAGGAAAGAGACAUUCAACUAGAGGCUCUGAGAAAGAACCUGCAGGACAAGAACAGCCAAGUAGAGACCUUUAGAGUCCUACUGCAGGAAAAAGACCUUCAACUAGAGGACAGAAACCACAGACUGGGAGAGAAGGACACACUACUGGAAGAGAGAGACAAACAACUGGAAGAGAGAGACAGACGACUGGACGAGAGCGACAAACUACUGGAGGGAAAAGAAAAUGAACUGAAAGAGAGGAGACAGGAAGUAGAAGAGAGGAGACAGGAAGUAGAAGAGAGGAGACAGGAAGUAGAAGAGAAAGACAACCUACUAGAGGAGAGAGAGAACCAGUUAAAGGAGAGAGACAAACAGGUGGAGGAUGUCAACAAUGAAAAUGCUGAACUGGCUCAACAGAUAUGUGAUGUGAAGACUGAGGUAGAGAGACUGAGAAGAGAGAUCUCAGCCCAGAUGACUGAACAUGGAGAGAUGGCAGAUACAGGAUCCAUACUCCCAGUCAGGAGGAGAAACAGCAUGGAGGUUCCUCCACUUAUGGGAGGGGAGACCUCAGAUACAGACCCUACACUUCCACUGAGGAGGAGAAACAGCAUGGUGUUCAAUCCUCCAUCUUUGGGAGGAGAGAGCAGCACUCCAGACUCCCCAGUGUCUCCCAGUGUGUCUGAGCUGAGACUGGUGCUGCUGGGGAGGACUGGGGCUGGGAGGAGUGCAGCAGGAAACACCAUCCUGGGCAGAGAGGAGUUUGGGGCCCAGGCCAGCCCCUCUGCAGUGACCCAGAGGAGUAAGAGGAGAGAGGGGGGACGUGUGUGGGAGACGGCUGGUGCUGGUGGACACUCCAGACUGGUUCUGUCCUGGACUCUCUCUGGAGGAGAUGAGACAGGAUGUGGGGCUCUGUGUCCGUCUGUCUGCCCCGGGACCCCACGCCUUCCUCCUGGUCAUACCAGUGGAGCCCUCUAAGGGGGAGGAGAGAGGGGUGCUGGAGAGAAUAGAGGAGAUGUUUGGGGAGGGUUGUUGGGAACACACUGUGAUUCUAUUCACCCAUGAUGAUGGACUGAAAGAGCAGAGCAUUGAGGAGUUUCUCCAAGCAGGAAGUCAGGACCUCCAGCAGCUUGUGGAGAAAAGUGGGAGCAGGUACCACGUCCUCAACAUUAAGGACAGGGCCCAUGGCACUCAGGUAUCAGAGCUGCUGGAUCAGGUAGAGGAGAUGGUGGCAGGAAACAGAGAGAGAUUCUACAGCAGUCAGACCUACCAGGAGGCAGAGGACCAGGUUAGAGAGAUGGAGGGAAAGAUCCAGAGAGAGAGAGGAGAGAGGAAACAGAGGGAGGAGAGAGACUUGAGAGAGAGGCUUCAGAAGGAGUUGCAGGACUCUCUGAUAAAGAUAGAGGGAGUGAUCCAGGAACAUGAGGGAGAUAUCAGAACACUCAGUGAAAGAACCAGUGAACUGGAGAGACAGGUGAAAGAAGAGAGGGAUGAGGAGAAGAAAAGAGAGCUGGAGAGGGAGCUGAAGAGGGAGUCUGAUAGGAGGGAGGAGAUGGAGAGAAAGCUGGAGAGAUUUAGAGAGAAGAGAGAGAAUGAGAGGAAGGAGAUGGAGGAGAGACACAGACAGGAGAUGGAGAACUAUGAAGGAGAAGCCAGAGUUGAAGCAGAAAGAAACCUGAUGAAGAUUGUCCUGCCUGAGUUACAGAGGAACAUCAUGAUCUCACAGACAAAGAUGGAGAGGGAGUUCAGCAGACAGAUGGAGGAGAAGAAUAGAGAUGAAGGAGAAGGAUAGAGAGAUGAAGGAGAAGGAUAGAGAGAUGGGGAGACUAAGACAGAACUUGAAAGAAGUCAUGGAAGCUCACUCAGUGUUGCAGAAGAGACUGGAACGAGAGGGGAGAGGUCAGAGGGCACUGAUAGGGUUGUUGGGCUGGGUCAGGAGAAACUCAUCAAGUUGGCUUCUCCACAAUCUGAUAUGAUUCACCAUCACUGUCUAUGUGUAGAACCAGACCAGGUCUACUGUCCACUGUACCGUGGGGGGUGAUCAUGGAUCAUGGUGGUCAUGGGGAAAACAGGACAGAAUAAUGUCUGGUCCAGUCUACAGUGUCAAGAGAAGGAGGGGAGGGAGGUCUGUAAAGAUCUUGAUGAGACGUAAAACAGAAUUCCAAUCCAACGUAGAUUAUUGACCUUUAGAAUGGAGAGGGUUGUGGGGGGUCAGGAGGUCAGUGGGCGGAGUCAUAGACUGAGAACUCUAGAGAUCUGAGUGAGACUUUUACUCAGUGUUUGGGGAGGUCUUCUAUUGAACAGAGAACCAUACUCUAUCUACCACACACUACUUCCUGUUCUUAAUCAAAUUGUUUCAUGUUGAAACUAAAUGUACACUGAGUGCACAAAACAUUAAGAACACCUUCCUAAAGUUGAGUUACUAUCUAUCCCAAUGGAACUCUGAUACCACAUGAGACUGACAUUGUUGAAAUAAAGAAAUGUCACUUUGUAAGA